UUUAUAUUGAAAUAUAUAUACACUGUUAACUUUGACAAUCUUAUAGUAAUAAAUAAUAAACUACGCGGCUAUGCUAGCUAUAUUUAUUUUAUUAAAAAUAUUAUAUCUGAAAGAUUAAUAUUUAUUUUUAAGUAUUUUACAGAUCAUCUUCUACAUUUUGUUCAGCUGGAUCUAUUUUUUAUAAUAAUAAAGAAAAUAUUUAAAGACACUCUUCAUAGACUAGCAGAGCUUUAUAAUCAGAAUAUUAUAUAUACUGAUAAGCUGAUUCUUCUAAGAGAUAUUAAGAUAGACAAUGUUUUUAUUAAUUACAGAAAUAAUAAUUCUGGGACUACUAUUAAAAGUAUCCAGCUUGAGAAUCUUAAAGAUGUUGUAUAUAUCUCUUCUGGUUUAUCUAUAAUUAAGAAAUAG